GAGUAGACCUGAAAACCGAGCCAACCCGGUUUUCCUGCCCCCCUGGGCUGCGAUUGGCGCAUCCCGGAGGCUGGCUGCGAGAGCCUUUAGUCAUCGACCGGCGAAAUCUCUCUGGAAUUGGGCACCAACUUGCGUGUUUGCCUUCGCCCUGUUUGUGCGGGGAUUAGCCGUGGGUCGGGUGUGGGAAUGCUGCGCGAUCCCGGCAGUGUAUAAUCCGGGAUUUGCCUCUGCCUGGAGGUUUAUGGAAAACAGAUGUCUCACUGCCCUGGGACUGAGCACAGAAUGGAAAUGACCGACCCGGGAGCCAUCUGGAACCGAGGACGCCGAGCGCAGGCCCUUCGGAGUCCAGCCGGGAGGCAGACUUUCCUCCUCGUGCGUGCUUUUACUACUUGGCCCAAUCGCUCUGCAAACGCCAGGCGAUAAAGCAGUUUGACCUUCAGACAAAAUCGGGCUGCAAGAGUGCGGUUGCGGGGGAGGGAAAGGAGGCGGAGAGGAGCUGGCGCCGCCGCCUGGGUCGCCGCCCGCCGCCUGAUGUCGUGAGCCAGCAGCGGGCAGACCAGGGCUCUGGCCGCGGGCGCAGCGGCGCUGGAGGAGUGGCGGGGUCCCCUUCGCGCGCGUCUCCUCCGCGGAGCAAGCCCGGGUCUCGCACAGCAGCGUGCAGGGUCAAAGACAGCCGGCCCCCCAUGUCAGUGGUCUAGGAUGGCCAGUGAAGGCACCAACAUCCCAAGUCCUGUGGUACGCCAGAUUGACAAGCAGUUUCUGAUUUGCAGUAUAUGCCUGGAACGGUACAAGAACCCCAAGGUUCUCCCCUGUCUGCACACGUUCUGCGAGAGGUGCCUGCAGAACUACAUUCCCGCCCACAGUUUAACCCUCUCCUGCCCAGUGUGUCGCCAGACCUCCAUCCUGCCCGAGAAAGGGGUGGCUGCGCUCCAGAACAACUUCUUCAUCACAAACCUGAUGGACGUGCUGCAGCGGACGCCAGGUAGCAACAUUGAGGAGUCUUCCAUCCUGGAGACGGUCACCGCUGUGGCUGCGGGAAAGCCUCUCUCUUGCCCAAACCACGAUGGGAAUGUGAUGGAAUUUUACUGCCAGUCCUGUGAGACCGCCAUGUGUCGCGAGUGCACCGAGGGAGAGCAUGCAGAGCACCCCACGGUCCCGCUCAAGGACGUGGUAGAGCAGCACAAGGCCUCCCUCCAGGUCCAGCUGGAUGCUGUCAACAAAAGGCUCCCAGAAAUAGAUUCUGCUCUUCAGUUCAUCUCAGAAAUCAUUCACCAGUUAACCAACCAAAAGGCCAGCAUUGUAGAUGACAUUCAUUCCACCUUUGAUGAGCUCCAAAAGACUUUAAAUGUACGAAAGAGUGUGCUGCUUAUGGAACUGGAAGUCAACUAUGGCCUCAAACACAAAGUGCUACAGUCACAGCUGGAUACUCUGCUCCAGGGGCAGGAGAGCAUCAAGAGCUGCAGCAACUUCACAGCGCAGGCCCUCAACCAUGGCACAGAAACCGAGGUGCUGCUGGUGAAGAAGCAGAUGAGUGAGAAACUGAACGAACUGGCCGAUCAAGAUUUCCCCCUACACCCGCGGGAAAACGAUCAGCUGGAUUUCAUCGUGGAAACCGAGGGGCUCAAGAAGUCCAUCCACAACCUCGGGACCAUUCUAACCACCAACGCUGUGGCAUCCGAGACGGUGGCCACCGGCGAAGGGCUGCGGCAGACCAUCAUCGGGCAGCCCAUGUCCGUCACUAUAACAACCAAGGACAAAGACGGCGAGCUGUGCAAAACUGGCAAUGCCUACAUCACGGCUGAACUGAGCACCCCCGACGGGAGCGUGGCGGACGGGGAGAUCCUGGACAACAAAAACGGCACCUACGAGUUUUUGUAUACCGUCCAGAAGGAAGGGGACUUCACCCUCUCUCUGAGACUCUACGACCAGCACAUACGAGGCAGCCCGUUUAAGCUGAAAGUGAUCCGGUCGGCUGACGUGUCUCCCACCACCGAAGGCGUGAAGCGGCGCGUCAAAUCCCCAGGGAGCGGACACGUCAAGCAGAAAGCGGUGAAGAGACCUGCAAGCAUGUACAGCACCGGGAAGCGAAAAGAGAACCCCAUCGAAGACGAUUUGAUCUUUCGAGUGGGUACUAAAGGAAGAAAUAAAGGAGAGUUUACAAAUCUUCAGGGGGUAGCUGCAUCUACAACUGGAAAGAUAUUGAUUGCAGACAGCAACAACCAAUGUGUGCAGAUAUUUUCCAAUGAUGGCCAGUUCAAGAGUCGUUUUGGCAUACGAGGACGCUCUCCCGGGCAGCUGCAGAGACCCACAGGAGUAGCUGUGCACCCGAGUGGGGACAUAAUCAUUGCAGAUUAUGACAAUAAGUGGGUUAGCAUCUUCUCAUCAGACGGGAAGUUUAAGACAAAAAUUGGAUCAGGAAAACUGAUGGGUCCCAAAGGAGUUUCCGUGGACCGCAACGGGCACAUUAUCGUGGUGGACAACAAAGCAUGCUGCGUGUUUAUCUUCCAGCCAAACGGGAAAAUAGUCACCAGGUUUGGUAGCCGAGGAAAUGGGGACAGGCAGUUUGCAGGUCCCCAUUUUGCAGCUGUCAAUAGCAAUAAUGAGAUUAUUGUUACAGAUUUCCAUAAUCAUUCUGUCAAGGUGUUUAAUCAGGAAGGAGAAUUCAUGUUGAAGUUUGGCUCCAAUGGAGAAGGGAAUGGGCAGUUCAACGCGCCCACGGGUGUGGCAGUGGAUUCAAAUGGAAACAUCAUUGUGGCAGACUGGGGCAACAGCAGGAUCCAGGUUUUUGAUGGGAGCGGAUCAUUUUUGUCCUACAUUAACACAUCUGCUGACCCACUCUACGGCCCGCAAGGCCUGGCCCUAACUUCAGAUGGCCAUGUUGUGGUUGCAGACUCUGGAAAUCACUGUUUCAAGGUCUAUCGAUACCUACAGUAACAGUGGCCAGCCGGACACCCCCUCGCAAAGGUCUUGCACUAUAAACUGGAAUGGAUUUCUCCACCCGGGACCAGAUUAUGACUAGACUUUUCAUGCUAGAAGGAAUCUUUGAUGAACUUUCCAUGGUUAUUUCUGAAUGUAACAAUUUCCUUAAAAACUGCUCAUCUAAUUUCUAGAAUUCACCAUUAGGGUUAAAAAAAAAAGUCUUUUACUGAAUCUAUAAAAACUGCGAAGUUUUACACCUGUGAACUAUGGCUUAUAGGACAGGGAUUUAUGUAGUUAAAUUAAUUUUGCAAAUCAAACAAACAUUAAACAAAAACUAGCAUAUGUAAAAAUAUUUGUUAAUCCUGUGAAUGAUAGCCUUUGUGCAGAGCUUCCAAAAACAAAUUCUGUUGUCCUUAUAUACUUUAUUUAACCUAGGUCACAAGACUUGGGGAAAUCUUCUAACCUCACUUUUACAGUAUGUUUUUUUUUUUUUUUUUUUUGCGGGGGGGUGGUAAUUGACAACUACAUAUUAAUUACUUAAAAAAAAAAUUGAGACUGUCUUGCAAAAUCCUCCUAGCUCUGAUUUGCAGACACUUGAGAGUCAAUGCAAACUUCCCAGCCUUUCUGGGUUAGAUCAAAGAUCCUUUCUGUGUGUUCUUUUUACCUUCUCUUUCCUACUCACCUGGUAUCAGAAAACAAAGUAUGUUUUCAGAGAAACCUGAAAUCUCUGAUGCUUUGAAAAUCAUCUUACAAAAGUAAUACUACCUUUGGUCAACGAACGGCCCCAUUAACUCCAGAUGAAUAUACUGGAACAUAAUCAAGAAAAGCUCACAUUUUCUAUGUGCCAUGUUUUCACAUGUGUCUUUCCUCUUCCACUUCAUGAAAGCAAGAACUUUACCUCCUGCAAAAACGUCAGCACAUGUAGUAGGACACCAGUAUCCUAGGACAGAGAGCCAUAAGCAGCCCUUUGGAGGACCCAUGGUGUCAACCAAAGGCAUGUGGAUUGAUUAAUGAUUUCCCCUUAGCAAGUGUUACCAAAGUUCUGUUAUCUCGAGAGCAUUACAGGUAAGAGCAUGUUAUGGUUAUUUAUCAUUGUUCAAUGAAUAGUAGAGGUAUCAAGGGACUAUGUAUUCAUGAUUAGGGUAAGAUAGAAUGUAUAAUAUAAAUAUAUAUAUAUAUAGCUUGGGUGUAUUGAAAUAGGCAGCACUCUGAAAGACAGAAGCAUUCUGUCCAGCCAUUCUUCAGCACAUUCCUUUACUAAUGCAGUUCAAAGCCGUCCUGGUGGAGCAAGCCCUAAUGCAGGUUUAAUUUUUGCCAUUUCCCAGGCAUGAUGGUGGUGGCUGACUUAGUCAGAAAAUGACCUUCUGUGUUUCAAAAAAGAAGAAGAAGAAAAAAAAGGGUCAAAAUGAAAGUUGAACUUGAGUUACAUUUAAACUAAGUAUAAAUGCAUUUUGAGAAACGUUAAGGACAAUUUAGUCAAUAUGUCAUUGAUACUGUAAAAUAAGAUGCAGUCUAUUUCCACUGUUUAAUUUUCUACUCAGUUCUACCAAACAGGAUGUCAUGUUUGAUGUUUUCAAUAAUGACUUUGGGAUCUUUUUCAUUAAAAGCACCUUCAAACUGUACUAUAAGAAAACAUUUCCUGAAUGGAUUAUUAUAUGAAUGUGAUUGUUUAUUGCUUAUUAACUUAACAUUCAGCCAUCUCUACAUAGGACUUUUUAAAAUUUAGAAGGGAAUCAAGCAGCUUCCAGUUGCCUGUUAAAUUUAUUAUGCCCAAAUCAAUCAAGAAAGCUUUUUUAGAAAGAGUAACAUUUAGGUUUAAUUUUCUUUUAGAGUUUUUACAAUUAUCAAGUCUGUCUGUGAUGAAGUUAUAAAAUCCAAUAACAUUUUUAGAAUGUUAAACUAAGACAUGUUUCCUAAUGCCAGUGAAAUAAGUCUUUGAAUUUAUUUUUUUAUUUUCAAUUUUUUUCCUUGGUGCUGGAGAUUGCAAAUGUUAAGCGCCAGUUCUACUAAUGGGCCACACCUGCCGCCCAAGUCUUUGAAUUGAAAUAUUCAUAUUUACAGAGUACCUUCUAGGUGCCAGGCACUGUUCUAGGCACUGGGAAUAGAGUAAUGGAUAAAACAAACAAAAAAAAUUCCUGCUCUCUUGGAGUUUACAUCUGGGGAAGGAAUUUCAUUUUGCCAUUUACUGUAAAAUGUUCUGACUAAAAGAUAGACUAGACUCUUAAUAGUUCCUGGACUAUUAAAAAAAAAAAAAACUUUUAAAUUUUUUGUUAGUUUUAGUUUAUUUUCAUAAGUGAAAAUGGCUUACUAUUUAAAUUGUGUCACAGACUAUUGGUAUUUUCGUUUUUAUGGUUUUGCGGUGCUGGGGACUGAACCAGGACCUUGACAUAACUAGGCAAAUGCUCUACCAUUGAGCUACAUCCCCACCUCUAGACUAUUGAUUUUAAAAACUAGUUUACCUAAGAGGGUUUUUUGCACAUUGAAGUACUUGUGAACUUAGAAAUUAACUUAAAAAUGAACCAGCCAUCAUAUCAUAUCAGGCCAAGUAUCUAAAUACAUAAUUUUUUCCAUGUCAAUAUUGGCACAAACUGGAAUGAAAGUAUAGAUAGUUUGAUUUGUACCUGUUCCACUGUCUCUUAACUAAAACAUAUGCUGUGGGCACUCCAGGAAACACUAUAUUUUUCCCCCAAAAUAUGUGAUCAUAUAUAUUAAAAUACAGAUGACAUUUCAUACCUGGAUACAUAUGUGCAUUUACUGUAUUUCUUGGUGAGCAUAUUUUGUGGGGAAAGUGCUGCUGAUAAGAUACAAAUAGACAAGAUUUAAAUGAAAUUUUGUCACAUUCUAUGGAAAAUGGUUUCUGGUAAACUGAGAAGGAUAUUAAAAUAAGUGGCUUUUAUUCUGGGCUACCAUUAUUGUUUGGUUUCUCUUUGUCAAGUGUAUAGAACCUGUCAUACAUUCAUGAUAAGUAGCACUGAGAAAGUACUCAUUCAAAUUUCCCCUGGGCACUUAUGGCCAUAGUAUUGCCAGUUAGGAUUUAAAGGUCAGUGACGAUGCAUUUUUCCCCUAACACAGAUCUCCCCUGCUGGACAUGGGGAUGUAGGGAGUUACUUGACCAUCUAGAAACUCACAAAUAAAAAGCCUUUAUGACUGUUUGCCAUUUUUUUUUUAAAGGCAUAUAGUAUCUUGGUGAAAUUUUAGUCCCUAUAAUUAAAUAAGUCCCCAGGUUUCCUUAUUUUAAUUUAUGACUAGAUUUGAGGCCAAUUAAUACCCCAGAUCCAUGCAACUAUUGCACACUUGCUUCCACUACUAAAUAUACAGGGUAUCCUAGAAUGGAAUUAACUGGAAUAGUAGUACCUUAGUAAGUAUCUAUGGAUCCUCAUACUGAAGGGUCAAUAUAAAUGCUUUGGUAAUGCCUACUGAGUAUAUUGGAGGAAAUAGCAAGUCAACAGCAAAUAAUCUGCAGAUCACUUCAAAAGGGAAAAAUCUUUUUGUACAUUUGAUACUAUGGCAUCCUCUCUAUUCACCAGCUUCUGAAAAGGGAGGAAUGUUUUUAGUUGAAUAAUGUAAACACAAGGCAUUUCCAGGUAGGGUAAAGUUGAAGCUAUUUGAUGCAGACCUUAUCUGAUUUUGCUUAAAACCGGAAGUCGUAAUACUGUUGCUUUCUGUAAAUGUUGCAGGGUUUUAAACUUUACAAUUAUUUUAAUAUUUUUGAUAUCUAGGAAUCUAGUAUUGCCAUAAAGGAAAACUAAGUGCCCAUUAAAGAUUUAUUUGGUAUAAAUACUUCUUUUUGUUUUGUUUUAAAUGACAGUAAGCUACAAAUCAUGAUGCUAAUCUUAACUUUCUAAAGAUGAAUUGUGUGGCAGUGAUUGUGUGAUCUGUUUGUGGAGAAUGUAUGAAAGCUAUUACUUAAUAUUCUAGAAUAGGUUAAUAAAUUGGCUAUGUUGUUCCAAUGAAUGUACAGCACUUCCAUUAACUUUUGAAAGCAACACAGCCUUAAACUCAACUCAAUGCUUUUGCUUUAUGACAUGGGGAAUGUUCUGUCAUCGAGUGGUUUUGUUUUUUGUUUUUUUUUGCAGUGCUGGGGAUCAAACCUGGGGCCUCGCGCAUGGUAGGCAAGUGCUCUACCACUGAGCUACAUCCCCAGCACAACAGUGUACUCUUGUAACGGAAUUCUUUAUAUCAUUCUCAAUUCUAUAGCCUUUCAAUCCAAUGUAUGAGUAUGAAGGUUUUUUGCUUCCUUUGUUUUCUUUUUAGAUUUUGUACAUUCCAUCUUUAUAGGUCCGUUUCAUAUGUUUUGUGUAUAGAACACUAAGUCUUGCGCUCUCUGACAUUGAUACUGAUAUAUUCUCAUCAUUUGUUAUUUUAUGAAUCAAAAUGCUGACUGCCUAUUUAAAGAAUGAACGCUGUGCAUCAAAGUGUUUGUAUGUUCGUAGCUACAUACGUACCACAGUAUUUUGGAUGCUUUAGUCUAUAAUAAAACUUUAAAUUAAUUCUGUCUUGAAACAUAGGAGAAACAAGACUCAUGUGUAUAUCUUUACCAUGCACAAAAAUCUCAAAUCAUUAUAAUAAAGCUUGUUUUCUCCA